CUCUGCUUCUGUGCUGGAGGUCUCUCUCUCUGUUUAGUAAAACAAAUAGAUUUUUGAUUGACUAUCUGCGACUGCUGCUCUCUUUUCUUCACUUGGAACUUUCUAUUAUAUCACCCCUCCCUCCUUUCAGGCGAGCCUGGAUCUCAGCGAGAGAGGAAGGAAAUCCUCUGUAUUCCCAUGUUGAUCGCUUACACGCAGAGGGACGAUGAGAAUAAGCUGGGUUCGAGGGCUGGCUUCUUUGCUGGCCAUGGGCGCUGGAAUACUCUACAUCACAUCCAUUAAGCGGGAGGUUCAUUCUCAUGGGGAAAGACUGCAGAGGGCCCAUCAGAAUGACUCGGUCAGGGGUCAGGACAUGCUCAAGAGGCUGGAGAAGAUGGAGGCUCACAUUGAGAAGCUGGAGACGGUUGUAACGAUUGACCUCCUCUUCUGAGGAGGAGUAGGAAGGACCGGACCAAUAUGCAGCGUGUGAAGUCAGUCAACAACAGGAUCAGUCUGAAAGAGGGGCAGGCUGUGAAGGCUACCGAGGUCAAGAAGGAGAGGAAGGUGGUGAAGAAGUUGUACCCCAACUCAGCUCUGUUUACAACCUGGGGUGAUGAGCUCUCAGAGGAGGAGCAGAAAGAGGCAGAAGGGUUGUUUCAGAUGUAUGGAUACAACGCCUUCCUAAGUGACAGACUACCGCUGAACAGGGAAAUCCCUGAUACUCGCGAUCCUAAGUGUGCUAAUCACCAGUACCCCCAUGACCUGCCCACCAUCAGCGUGGUGUUGAUCUACUUGGACGAGGCCCUGUCAGUCAUCAAGAGAGCUGUCCGCAGUAUCAUAGACAAGACCCCCCAACACCUCCUCAAAAACAUCAUACUGGUGGAUGACCACAGCUCCAAUGAGGACCUAAAGGAGAAGUUGGAUGCCUACAUCAGAUUCAUCGAUGAAGAGCGUCCGGGCCUGUUGAAGAGAGUGAGACACCUGGAGCAGCUCGGUCUCACACAGGCCCGCCUCUCAGGGUGGAGGGAAGCUGAAGGAGACGUGGUAGCCAUCUUGGAUGCCCACAUAGAAGUUCACGUGGAAUGGGCGGAGCCUCUGUUAGCUCGGAUAAAGGAGGACCGCACGUUGGUGUUGACACCGGUGUUUGACAAAGUCCAUUUCGAUGACUUGACAGUCACACGUUAUUGGCCGAGUGCACACGCCUUUGACUGGGCCCUGUGGUGUAUGUACGAAUCCUUCAGACCUGAGUGGUAUGCCUUACAAGACGAGACACAGUCAGGAAAAAGCCCCUCCAUUAUGGGCAUACUAGUGGUUGAUCGCCUGUUCUUUGGGGAAAUUGGUGCUCUGGAUGGUGGUAUGAAGAUCUAUGGAGGUGAAAAUGUUGAACUGGGCAUCCGGGUGUGGCUGUGUGGUGGAAGUGUCGAGGUCAUACCUUGUUCUAAAAUAGCCCACAUCGAGAGGGCCCAUAAACCCUAUCUCCCAGACCUGAGCAUUACAAUGAAGAGGAAUGCUCUGAGAGUGGCUGAGGUCUGGAUGGAUGAAUACAAACAUAAUGUCAACAUCGCCUGGAACCUCCCACUGAAGGAUCAUGGCAUAGACAUUGGGGAUGUUUCAGAGAGGAAGAAGUUGAGAAAGAGUCUGAACUGCAAACCCUUCCAGUGGUAUCUGGACAAUGUGUAUCCAAUGUUAGACCCCCUGGGUGACUUGCUUGGUUAUGGAGUUCUGGUCAAUGACCUGAAGAUGGAUCUCUGUAUAGAUCAAGGCCCAGUUCCGGGGAACACACCUAUUUUACAUGGAUGCCAUUAUUUUGCUCCACAGAACUGUUAUUAUCGAGCCAGCGGGGAGAUCUACAUUGGAGGCAUCAAGUCUCACAAGUACAACAGUAAUCGCUGUCUGAUGGACAUUGGCACUCAAACCCCAGGACUGUAUGAGUGCAAGGAGGCCAAGCAGAAGGGAUUCCACAUGCUCUGGGAAUUUCAACAGGGAAAAUCCAUCCAGAACAGACAGACAAAGAGAUGUCUGGAGAUUACCCCAGGGGAGGACACUGAUUACAAGCUCAUCAUUCAGGAGUGCAGUGGGCAGCACUGGCUAAUACGGAAUGUGAUAAAAGACUUCUGAUACACUGAGAUAGUUAGGCCUACUGUACCAGAGACAAUACAGCGGGGCUGUAGGAGUUAUCCUGCGAUCAUAAGCAAGUGGGAAGUUGGUAUUUACCACAAACGAUUGGUAAAAAUCCACUUGAACACCCCUCCAACUGGUAAUUAACAGUGGGAAACUCUGGGAGAUUACCAGUGGGAAACCUCUGACGUCACCUACUAAGGAAAUUACCUUUUUAACAGCAGCAUUGUCAGUAGUUAAAUGCAACAAGAAAACAUUAUUUACACAAAGUUUUUGAACACUCAUUUUUGUACAAACACGAUAGCUGUACUUAUAGUUUAUGGUUGACGCAGCUUGUUGGCCGUUAGCCAAUCUGAGUUUCUCAACGAGUUCAAAGCACGUGAAUACAUCCAACUGAUAUUUACGACUUCACAACUGGUAAUUACCACCUUCCCAGUUCUUUAUGAACACAGCAUUAUCAUUACAUUUUGAAAAGCCAAUCAGUGGUCAGCAGUGAGAUGACUGUGUGAUCUUUUUGAACUGCUGGUUGGACAUGGCUUCAUGGGGACAUAUAUACAGUUUCUUCACAGAAUGUGGAAUGCUAUUGAGCUGUGUUCUCCUUGGUCCUGAUUGUAAAUGCAGAGAAAUAAUAAAUAUGAUUCCUGUA